AUGCAAAUCGAAGCAAUACCUAUGAGAUGGGGCCAUGGAGAUAAUUAUUCUUAUCUUAUAAUUGACGAUCAUUCCAGAAAUGCUUGGUUGAUUGAUCCAGCUCAACCAAAUGAAGUAUUAGCUUACAUCAAAGAUCAUAACCUCAAUAAUAAAUUUGAUUUAAAAGCAAUUGUAAAUACUCAUCAUCAUUAUGAUCAUUCAGAUGGUAAUAAAGAAUUCCAUAAGAAAUAUCCUGAUCUACCUAUUAUAGCUGGAAAAGAUUCCCCAUUGGUGACAUAUACUCCUCAACAUGAAGAAGUAAUUGAUUUGGGUGAUGAUUUAUCAAUAACCGCAUUACAUACUCCAUGUCAUACUCAAGAUUCAAUAUGUUAUUUUGUUCAAGAUGGUAAAACUGGUCAAAAGGCAGUAUUUACAGGUGAUACUUUAUUCAUAAGUGGUUGUGGUAGGUUUUUUGAAGGUACUGGGGCAGAAAUGAAUCAUUCAUUAAAUAGCAUAUUAGCAAAGUUACCAAAAGAUACAAAAGUUUAUCCUGGUCAUGAAUAUACUAAAUCAAAUGUGAAAUUUUCAAAAACUAUUAUAAAUAAUGAAGCUAUAAAGAAUCUAGAAAAACUUUGUGAUCAAAAUGAAUAUACCACAGGUAAAUCUACUAUUGGUGAUGAAUUGAAAUACAAUCCUUUCAUGAUGUUAAACGAUUCUCAGGUAAUUAAUAAGGUAGGUGGAUUGAAAAAUCCUGAUGAUGUUAUGGAUGAAUUGCGUGAUAUGAAAAAUAAUUCUUGA